AUGUCACAUCGCGACCCAAUAACCUGCCACAUCCUCAACACCAUAAACGGCACACCAGCUUCAGGCCUCUCCUGCACCCUAACCCUCCACCGCAUCCUCCUGCCCCCCGGCGCCCCGCAGCCACCAAACCUCCCCGCAACCCUCCACGCCGCCACAGACGCCGACGGCCGCGUUAAAACCUGGACCCCUUCCUCCUCCACCUCCACCUCCACCUCAACUUCAGCUUCGACCUCCACCAUCCGGGAACUCCUCUCCUCCAUCCACGAACACCACGGCGGGCAGCAGCGGUCUAUCUGGAGCCUGCGAGUGAGGAAUGUGGGCGAGUGGUAUGCGGAGCAAGGGGUUGAGAGCUUCUGGCCGGAGGUUGAGGUGAGGUUUUUGGUGAAGGGGAGUGAGGCGUGGGAUGGAUGGAGGCAUUAUCACGUGCCGGUGUUGCUGGGGCCGUGGAACUAUUCGACGUAUAGGGGGUCGUGA